CUAGGAAUAAGGUGAAUGAGCCUGUCUUUAACCAGACAGCUUCCUGGCUUUCUCUUUCAGGUGGUGGUGCGGGGGUGGAGUAACCAGGGUCUCCGUGAUGAGCUCUACAUCCAGCUGUGCCGUCAAACUACAGAGAACUUCCGGUAUGAUAGCCUGGAGCGUGGUUGGGAGCUGAUGGCCAUCUGCCUAGCCUUCUUUCCUCCCACUCCCCGUUUCCACGCCUACCUGGAGGGUUAUAUCUACAGACACAUGGACCCAGUUAAUGACACCAAAGGAGUUGCCAUUAGCAGCUAUGCCAAAUACUGCUACAGGAAACUGAUGAAAGCUGCUUUGACUGGAGCCAAAAAGGGGCUCCAGAAGCCCUCUCUUGAGGAAAUCCAGCACGCCAGGAAUGCCAUAUUUAGCCCAUCCAUGUUUGGCUCUUCAUUAGAGGAAGUAAUGGUGCUUCAGAAGGAGCGAUAUCCAGACCGCCAGCUGCCCUGGGUCCAGACCCGUCUCUCAGAAGAGGUUCUGGGUCUCAAUGGAGACCAAACAGAGGGCAUUUUCAGGGUACCAGGGGACAUAGAUGAAGUUAAUGCUUUAAAGCUGCAAGUUGAUCAAUGGAAAAUUCCCACAGGACUGGAAGAUCCACACAUCCCAGCUUCUUUGUUGAAACUCUGGUACCGGGAACUGGAAGAGCCGCUGAUCCCUCAUGAGUUCUACGAGGAGUGUAUCAGUAGCUAUGACAACCCAGAGGCUGCUGUCAAUGUGGUUUUGGGCCUGCCACACAUCAAUAAGCUGGUACUCUGCUACCUCAUUCGCUUCCUACAGGUUUUUGCCCAACCUCCCAAUGUAGCCAUUACCAAGAUGGAUGUGAACAACUUGGCCAUGGUCAUGGCUCCUAACUGUCUACGUUGCCAGUCAGAUGAUCCCAGGGUGAUCUUUGAGAACACCCGUAAGGAGAUGUCCUUCAUUCGGGUGCUCAUCCAGCGACUAGACACCAGCUUCAUGGAUGGGAUCUUAUAGCGCCCCCUACAGCCGUUCAGUGACCUACAGCCUCUCCUGUGCUCCCUUUAACCUGCUCCCUGCACACUCCUACAGCACAGGGACACCAUACAUUCAAAUUGUUGCUGCUGGUGAAUACUUGGCAAGUUCAUGUUUACUUUUGACGACAAAAACUGCCUGGAUUUGAGUUUGGCUGCUUUACAUUUUGAGUUGUAUCAGCUGUUUCUAUUUCUGUGAAUUUGGUCCAGCUGUAAUAUUGCAUAUAAACCACCAAUGUUUGGUUGGAGUUUGCAGAACAUAACAGUACUGUGUGUGCCUUCACAUCCAUUAUUACACUAUACACAUUCAGCUUGAAGAUUUCUGCAGGGAUCUCAUCAUUACAUGAACUUCUCUUUCACAUCUGCAGACCUCUGGUUAAUUGUAAGUUUUGUAUGAAGUUAUUUUCACUUUCUGUUGCCUGGCUUAAAUAGACAUUCACUGUCAAUUGCACACUUCCAUACAAGUCUUACAAGUCUGCAGUAAUGCCAUUUGAUUAAGAGGAGUGUUCUUCAGUAAAAUGAAAGAACUAGUGCAUGUUUAUCAGACAUUCCACUAAUGUCUCACACUUCAUGGGAGAAACAGCUUUAUCAACAUGGUUUGGCUCUAUCUUUUUGUCAUCAUUAUAACUCCCACUAAACUUAUUAGGAGCAACGUACUCUGUAAUGGAAUACUUUUCUUCAUUUGUGAUCUUGCCUGAAGAUGAACAGAAAAUCAGGUAAAACCAUCGUUUCAUACCUGUAGACACAGAGGAACAUCAUGCUGAAGAAGAUGGAGCCCCGUUUUGAUUACAGGGCGAUGAUGUUUACUCUACUCUGGAUUUGGAGAAUUUUCAUAAUGAUCCAAGGUUUAUGAAGACAGGCUGUCCUCACUCUGCAGUUUUGCUGUUUAGGGGUAGCUUAAAGUCUUGAGUUCAAUUCCAUUAAAUGGCACAAAGUGAUUCAAAAGCUUGAUUCCAGCAGGUAUGGAUGCUCCACACUCACCGGCCACUUUAUUAGGUACACCUGUCCAACUGCUCAUUAACGCACUUGUUGAAUCAGCCAAUCACAUGGCAGCAACUCCAUGCAUUUAGGCAUAUAGACAUGGCCAAGACAAUCUGCUGCGGUUCAAACUCAGCAUCAUAAUGGAGAAGAAAGGUGAUUUAAGUGCUGACCUAUUGGGAUUUUCAUGCACAACCAUCUUUAUAGAGUUUAUAGAGAAUGGGCUGAAAAAGAGAAAAUAUCCAGUGAGCGGCAGUUCUGUGGUCGCAAAUGCCUUGUUGAUGCCAGAGGUCAGAGGAGAAUGGCCAGACUGGUGUGAGCUGAUAGAACAGCAACAGUAACUCAAAUAACCACUUGUUACAACUGAGGUAUGCAGAAGAGCAUCUCAGAACGCACAACAUGCCAAACCUUGAGGCGGAUGGGCUACAGCAGCAGAAGACCACACCGGGUGCCACUCCUGUCAGCUAAGAACAGGAAACUGAGGCUACAAUUCAAACAGACUCACCAAAAUUGGACAAUAGAAGAUUAGAAAACAUUGUCUGGUCUGAUGAGUCUUGAUUUCUGCUGCGACAGUCGGAUUGUAGGGCCGGAAAAUGGUGUCAACAAUAUGAAAGCAUGGAUCCAUCCUGCCUUGUAUCAGUGGUUCAGGCUGCUGGUGGUGGUGCAAUGGUGUGGGGGAUAUUUUCCUGGCACACUUUGGGUCCAUUAGUACCAAUUGAGCAGUGUGUCAAUGCCACAGCCUACCUGAUUGCUGCUGACCAUGCCCAUCCCUUUAUGACCACAGUGUAUCACCUUCUGAUGGAUACUUCCAGCAGGAUAACGCACCAUGUCAUAAAGCGUGAAUCGUCUCAGACUGGUUUCUUGAACAUGACAAUGAAUUCACUGAACUCAAAUGGCCUCCAUAGUCACCAUAUAUCAAUCCAAUAGAGCAUCUUUGGGAUGUGGUGGACAUCCAUGAUGUGAAUCUCUUGUCUCAUGCAGUUGCUCCAAAUCUGGAACAACUGCAUGAUGUCAUCAUGUCAAUAUGGAUCAGACUCUCUGAGGAAUGUUUCCAGUACCUUGUUGAAUCUAUGCCAUAAAAGUGUUAUGGUAGUUCUGAAGGGAAAAGGGGUCCAACCCGGUACUAGCAAGGUGUAAUUAAUAAAGUGGCCGGUGAGUGUAUAAUAACGUCUUUGUUCUGUAACAUUUGCACAAGUAUCAGGUUUGCCGUCAGUUUAAUUUCAAGAGUUUUUUUUAUAAUAUUUGAAUUGCUCCUCUCCCCAGACCAAGUUACUGGUUGUGACUGAUUAAUUGGCCAUGUGGCCUGACCAGCAGGACCAAGCAAAGAGCUCUGAUCUGCCUAUAGCUGAGCAGCUUUAGUUUUGUCCUUCUGAUUCAGUUAAUCAUUGUUGUUACUAAGCAGACCAGUAAAUAUGCCCUCAAAUUUUGCUGAGCCAUCAUCAUCAGUGAGACCUGCUGGAUCAAAAGCAGCAUUGUUGGUGCCCUAGGUUUUUCUGCACAUUUUAUAAUAGACGGACAACGUUUGAAUGGACUGUGUCUGUGAUUUUCCCCCAAACUGCUCACUGAAGUCUUUCACUUCAUCUGUGCGGUGCUGAUCAAGUGCUAAUGGCUUUCACUUUGACUCCAUAACACAUGGUUGUAGGAUGCAAGUUGCUCUCAGAGCCUUGUGUCCUACAGAAUGGGGUUAUCAGAAUGAAAUCUUCACAUCUAUUGACUCAUCUAAAAUGAACUUUCACCAUCGAUCAGCUCCCCAGAAGCCGUGAACUACAGAUCCAUGGAGGAUUGAUAUCACUGCCAGUAAACCCCUCCUUGAAUGCUAUUGGCUACUUUGGAAGCAGGAACUGAGACACCAGAGCCCAAAGAAAAUCCGUCUAACAUUUCCACUCAGCCCAGACAGGCCUUUCAGCUCAGUAGUGAUUAAUCAGUGUGUGCAUGUGUUCAUUUGUCUUUGCUUAGAAGACAUCUAGUACUUCCAUUCAGUCUUUGCGUAAACAUUGGUGUAUUUGUUUGAAAUAUUUUCUAUAUUUAACAGUUUGUUUUUAACCGAUUCUUUUAUAAAUAAUUUAAUUUAUUUAUAUUUAUUUCAGAUUUUUCUAAUGCCUUUGACAUGCUGUAUUGUAGACUUAAGUGUGUAUGUUGGGUAUUGUGUGUGUGUGUAGGACUGUGUAGUUCUCAACAUGCAGGGUGCAUACACAUUACAUCGUUGGCCGACUGUGAGCAAACAGAACAGCUGGUGACUUUAUGAUCAGGCAUAUGAUGAAACAGUUAUAUUUAUCCCUUUAUUUAAAGUGAGUCCCUGAAGACAGAAAACAGUGUGCAUUGUACUAGCCUAAGUAGUUUCUCAAUUAUAAAAAUCCAGUUGUCUAUAAUUUGCUAUAUAUAAUCUUCCUUAUAUUAAGUUAACACUAAACUUGAUGUAAAAAAUUUGAAAACUGGUUGCAUGCCGUUUAAGGAUUCUCAUUGCAUAAAAUACUGCACUCAUUUUCUUAUUGAAGGGGAGAAUUUUAACGGCUACCUGAAAUGAAAGGCCAGAUGGGCGCAGCCAUAUUUACCCCUUAAGAUUAUUACUUCUGUUGCUAGGUUUGUGUUUUGCACAUAGCUUACUCAUUCAGAUACACACUUUAUAUGUGAAUCCAUAGUAUGUAGGCUGUAACAAUGGGUAGACACAGAUGCACUAUCUCUGCUAAAUGUAAAUGCUCCUCACAUUGAUUGAGGACUAGAAGAACCAAUCUAAAUCCAUGCUAUGUCAGCAGGUCAGCGGUCCAGUAGUAUGUAGAUAUCCACACUGAACAGAGUUUUGGAUAAAACCUUCCUUUGGGUUUGUGCUGUGGACAUUUCAGAUGUUCUCCAUAAUGUCUGACACCCACACGACCAGAGGUGACACUGUAGUGUUUUCUGUAUAACACCGUCUCACUUCUUCAAACAAGUCAGUCAGCUUGAUUUAUGUUUGGCCCAUCAGGCUCCAAUGUAAUUUGUUAUAUUGCUAAACAAUUCUGGAAUAUUUUUAUUGGUUUGGUAAGCCUGUGUUCUAUGAAGACAUUUUGCCUGUGGGAGCUUCAGAGAUGGCUGAGCUAUUGUGAUGUGGCCGUGUGAAUGUUUGGUGUUUUUUAAUGCGACAGAUGGUCUGGUUGUAGACUAAACAACAGAUUAGCAUGUUCAUAGGGUCACCCUUGUCCUAAGCUGAAAUUUAUUACAGUGUGACAAAGAAAACAAGGUAAAAUCAUAAUUAAAGCGAUCUUUAAUACUAGCUUUAAACAAACUUAAAAAAAAAUAUACAGCAGUCUUAUUAAUUUAUGUUUUGGAUCCUUUUUUUCCUACUUGGUUUGUACUUACGAUGAAUUGGUAGUUGUGUCAAUGCUUAUUGUCUAACAUGGCCAUACCACCUUAUUGUCAGUCUCCCAGUUGUACGUUAAUGUCCACUGUCACACACAAGCACACACCUUAUCAGAGACAUCUCUGGAGGUGUAAUGUUUAAUAAACAUUCAAAUGACAAA